ACUUCUUCAAAAUAUAUUUUGUGCAAUAAAUUUCAAUAAUAUAUGUUUAAAUUAUUUUUAAAAUGUUUUCAUUAAAAUUUGUCAAGUUUAGUUUUUUAUUAUUUUAUGUGAUUUUAUAUACAAAAGCAGAUACGACUUCAAUAAAAGCAAUAGAUCAAUUAGAUAAGAUAUUAAAGUAUCCAGGAUGGAAAAAUUUAAAUGAUGUACACUUCAUAAAAUAUUAUGAUAUAAAUCAUUAUCUGCAAAAUCAGAUUCAAACACCUACAAAAUUCUAUAAAUGUGGUCAAAAGAUACGAGUCUUAACUAUAUAUCUUGGAUGCACAUAUGCAAAAGUUAUGGUUAAUCUUUUUACAGUUAUCAACAAUGUCUUAAUAAAUGGAAGCAUUUAUAUCGAAGAACUCAUUAACAUAAUAGCUAUAUUAAUUGUUCCAAUAGCAACAUUUAUGAAAAGCGCCAUGGACGCUUUAGAUUUAUUACACAAUAAACCAUGGGCUACUUUUAAAAAAAACUAUAAGUAUCACUACAUGAUAAGUCCUUUAUUAGAAAGAAUAGGAAAUAUUCUUGAUAAAUUGAAUGAUCCAGGUAUAUUAUAUAAUUAUAGAUCUACAAAAUUUUGCACAUUUGAUAUUGUAAAUAUAUUUUCUAAAAGCAUAAUAAAUGAUUUACAAUAUGAAACUGAGCCAUUUUGUGAAUUUGUACUUUAUGAUAAAAAUGAGUUAUGGAAUAAAUGGAUUCAAGAAUAUAAUGCUAUUAUUAACCAAGGCGUAAAGCUAAUAUUUUUCACAUUUUUAACCAUAAAAAUUAAAGAUUAUAUCAAGACAGUAACUAUAGAGAAGUAUUUUCAACUAGGAUUUAAAUUUGAUCCAAUCACCGGAGAAACGUUUGUACCAACACGGGAGGAGCUAAUUGAACUAGAAUUGGAAUUUAAAGCAAUAGAUCAAGAACCUCCAACUUCAAUACAAAUAGAAAAUCAUUAAAUGUUGUAAUAAAAUAAAUUUUAUUCUACAUUUGUUUUAUAAUUAAUUACAAUUUAUUUUAAUGCUUAGUAAAUCUAUAAAUUACUAUUACAACAUAAAUAUGAAUGGUGAAUCAUAGAAUUAUUUAUUGGUUGCGCAUGGAAAAGUUUAAUACAAUAUAUAUUAACAAU